AUGUACACUGCUUCUAGUAAAAGAUUCGUCUGCCGAUUCCCUGAGCGCUGCGGAUUAUUCAGGACGGGAAUGGUCAGUGCCGUCCAGGGAGUGAUCUUCAAGUGUGAUGUGCCGCUGAAGGAGUACAUCCGAUCCCUGGACGAUGCGGCAUCGGCUGCAGAGAAGUUCAUCAUCGCCGAGCUGGACGAUCAGAACCUGUUUGUGAAGGUGGCUCGCGCGGAGUUCGUGGAGGCCAAGGUGAAGCAGUUUGUCAACGCCCUGCACUUCACAAAGCCGGAGGUUGCGCCAGGGCAGGCCUGA